GUGUAGAUAUUUAUUAAUUUAGAACUACACAGGAAUGUUAAGAAUAUGGCAUCCAAAAGAAAGUUUAAUCUUGCUAAUCUAAGUGAUGAAGAAGAAGGUAGUAGUAAAAAGAUGGAUGGUGUUUCGUUAUUUAAAAAAUACAAACAAAAAACACCUACUAAAGUACAGACUGUUGAACACUCAACUAACCAAGUUUCUUUGCAAGAAAAUGCUCAAGAAAAGUUGCAGACAGUUCCAGUGUCGUCAUCUGAAAAUGUUUGUCUGAACAAUGUGGAGGAGACAUCACAAGGAGUUCAAUCCCAUGCAGCAGCAACACAUGCAACACGUAAAGUUGGAAAGACAUUUGCCCAAACAUUUUCUUUUUUAAAGAACUCUGAUUUGUUUCAGUUGCCACCAGAGCCACAAAUUCCCGAGAAAGUUAUACCAAAGAACAAGAAUGCUAUCAUUGUAAAUUCAAAGCAGCGUGGUAACCCAAUAUUAAAACAUGUCCGAAAUAUACCCUAUGAAUUUGGAAAUAUUAUUCCAGACUAUGAAAUUGGACUAACCAGCUGUGUUUUGUUUCUAAGUUUGCGGUAUCACAACUUGAAUCCUGAUUACAUUCACGAACGAUUGAAACAGCUUGGAAAGAGAUAUUCAUUACGUGUUUUAUUGGUGCAAGUUGACAUUCAAAAUACAAAGCAUUGUCUUAAAGAGUUGGGAAAAAUGGCGAUACUAGCAGAUUGUACUCUUAUUUUGGCAUGGAGUUCUGAAGAAGCGGGAAGAUACCUUGAAACAUACAAAUCAUAUGAACAUAAGCCACCAGAUGUGUUACAAGAAAGAGUGGAAUCGGAUUUCAUUGCAAAGAUGCAAGAUGUCCUAACAACUAUUAAAUCUAUAAAUAAGACUGACGUCAUCACCUUGUUGUCCUCAUUUGGUUCAUUCAGAAAUAUUGUAAAUGCAACUAAAGAAGAGAUUGGACUCUGUCCUGGUUUCGGCCCGCAAAAGGCUCAAAAGCUGCACAAAGUUCUUAACGAACCUUUUAGACGCUCAAGAGUUGUAAAUCAGCUGGCUGAGCAAGGCGUCGAGACAAAUUCAGAAACGUCUUUUACUUGCAAAUUGAAACGGCCAGUUGUUAAGAAAAAAGACAUCGAGACAAAGCUUGUGAAACCUGUGAACGAGGCUGAAAGUAAAACAAGAAAUAAACAAACUUUGGAAAUAGAAAAACAGCAAGACUCUUUUGAUGUACCCGCUAACACGAAGGCUACUGCCAACAUGAAGUCUUUGUCAUCCAGUAAUAUGAGUAAAGCGGAAGCCAUACGUCGGUUUGGUUUAUCGAGACAAAAAGGCUCAAAGGGUAGUUUAACAGAACUAUCAGGUGAAGAACUGUCAGAUAUAGACAUAAACAAAGAAUUUAGAUCAGAAGAUGAGGAAAUUAUAUCUAACCAAUUACCUAACGCAUCCGACCAAUCGAAUUUAACCACGCGCUCGAUCAACCAAUCAGCAAAGCCGGGCAGUUCAAAAAUUGACUUUACAGAGACGUCUAAUCCGUUAGUGAAUACGUCGUUGAAGGAUGGUAAAAAGACAAAACAUUGUAACACUACUCACAAGGGUUCCGACGUGAAUUCCACGCGCGAGCAACAGUAUAAAACUGAUUUAACGGAAGACGAGUACAAUGACCUUCUUGCGUCAUCCGACGAUGAAAGUUAUCACUCAGAUGGAUUUGGAAUAUAGUGUACAAAGUCAACCUGCAGAAAUUUAUCAAGUAAUUUUUGUUUAAGAUAAUGAACACUACUUAGCUCU